CACCCAGCACACAGACACAGACACACACCCAGCACACACCCAGACAGUUGGGUAUAUCUUCAGCCAGCUAUAGUGUUUGUGUUAGACUCUGGACCAGCUGCAGAUUGAAGUCUAAGGAGGAGCAACACGGUUUUUCAGUCCGUCAGCAUGGCACUCGUCUUCCUCCUCCUCUUCCUCCCCCUCUCUCACCACUCCAAUGCCAUGACUGGUUGCCAUAGUGACCGUGACAAAGACCACCGCCCCCGGGUCAACUGCACGGCAACCAACCUUAGUGACGUCCCCGCCAGCAUCGACACGACAACCAAGGUGCUGAUCUUCACCCAGAACCAGUUCUCCAGUCUAACCUGGUCCUCCUAUAGUCACUUCCCAGAGCUCUAUGAGAUAGAUUUGAGCCACAACACAAUUCCAGAGGUUCCCCUGUCCCCCGGCCCGAUUCUCCCCACUCUAGGGGUUCUACGCCUGGUAGGGAACCGCAUUAGAACCCUGCCCCCUCACUCCUUCAGGGCCACGCCGGGCCUGCUAGAACUCUAUCUGGACCAGAACAUUCUGGAGACACUAGACGACCUGUCCUUCUCUGGGCUCAGGCUGCUACAGAUCCUGGAACUUUCUCAGAACCGUAUCUCUGUUCUGCCCCCUCUGAUGUUUCGCUCCCUCCCAGCCAUCGAAACCUUGGUUCUAGAGCAGAACCACAUCAGAACCAUGCCUGACCAGUGGUUCUCUGCCAAACCUGAAGUUCCCUACACCUACCUGUCGCAGAACCCCUGGGCCUGCUUCUGUAAGGUGGGUUACCUGAAGAAACACCUGGAUGAUCAGGGCUUCAACGUGUACACGAGGGAUGGAAUAAUCAUCACUCCGGACGAAGAGAGUGUUACCUGUGCCACACCUCCCUCCCUGGCCGGCCGACCAAUCGUGGGGCUGGAGGAUGAGGAGUACUGCUCACCUGGUGCCAAACCUGAUGGCCCCCCUGGAGACUCUGAACCUCAACCUACCCCUACACUACCCCCCACCACCACUAUGCCACCAACCACAGGAGCCACAACCACAGUUCCUACUACCUUCCCCACCACUACUACUCCUGCUACCACUACUACUGUGGUACCCACUACUCCUGCUACCACUACUACUACUGUGGUACCCACUACUCCUGCUACUACUACUGCUACUGUGGUACCCACUACUCCUCCCCAUCUCAACCACCUAGGACCCCAACUCAACCACCUAGGACCCCACCUAGAACCCCAACUCAACCACCUAGAACCCCAACUCAACCCCCUAGAACCCCAACUCAACCCCCUAGAACCCCAACUCAACCACCUAGGACCCCAACUCAACCCCCACUACCUAGAACCCAGACCCUGA